AGACGAGCCAGGCUACCGUCGCAUCUUCACCUUCGUCUUGCAUUUUUCUCUAGAAAUCUCGCCCUUCCAAGAUGAUGCGUUACCAUUUCGUCUACUGGUGGUUGGGGUUUCUCCUGCAAGGGUCAAUGUUGCAUGGAGACAACUACCACUCGCACUCCGGGAGGUUCGUUCAUGCAAUUGUGCUCGGGAAAAACAAAAAGAAAAACAAGGCCGCGACCAAUGGUGCUCGGCGGGGAAUGAACGCAAGUGGAAGAACAUCAAGUGCGUUCGUCAGGAAGAACCAAGGAGUGGCCGCCCGCUCCAUGUGGUCCCUAAGCCUCGGCAUGUCUUCUUUUGGCAAGAAAAAUGCGGUAGCCGAGCAGGAUUUUUUCAGUGCCGCGGCCAAAAAUGCAGAAUACGCUGAAGACGAGGUUGUUGACUUCGACUUCUGGCCCUCCUUUCUCGCGACAACGGACCACGUCGGUGCAGCUGGCGAGCAAAGUAGUAGUGCAACAGCGACGGUGGACCACGCCGAGCAUCUUCGACCGCUUCCCACCGUUGACCAGGCCGCGCAGAACGUACGGCAGCUUCUGGAUAGUAGCGAAAACAGCAUGACAAAGAACAUGAAAUAUGCUUCGUCUUCUACCCGUAGUUCUUUCUCUUUCAAGCAACAACUAGAGCAGCAAGCGCCUCAAGAGAAGGAGAAAUUUCGGGAUUUUUUGAACAAAUUAAUGGAGGAAACGGAUGAAAAAAUUGACGACAAGUUUCUCCUAUCCUCUGCAAAAGUAUCGUACUCGUAGUAAUUGCAGCCAUGCAUGACAAAGCCAACUGUCUACCCAGACACGCAUGACAAAUUGCGUUUUUCUUCUUGAGAAAAUUUGUAUAUGCAAUUUCUACUACGUACGAUAGUUUUGCAAUGCAUAUCUUCACUGCACGCUACAAAUCGGGAAACCAACCUCCCCGCUCCAGAAGGAACUUAAAAAACUGCGACAUGAAAAGCAAGAGGCGGUUCAGACGGUCACGAAAUUGCAGCAAACCUACCAAGAAUUGAACACGCAGCAAGGGGAAAUUGUCGCGAAAAUUUCGGAACUGAACGAUCGGAUGGACGCGGAAAAAGCGGAUUUUCGGGUGAAAGAUCAAGAUUUCGAAAAAAUGAAGGAGAAGCUGGAAACGGACGAAGUUUCACUCGAGAAAGUGUUGAAUUUUCUGAAGGAAAACCGGGGGAAGGGGUGUGGAGGUGGUGUUGGAUCUGGUGGUGUACUACCAUCUUCGGCAGCCGCAGCCGCUUUGUUGGCAACUACGAGUAGUACAGAAUCAUCCACGUCAUCAUCUGGAACAUCAUCUUCAAAAGCCGGUACUAGUACGGCAAGCCUGCGAAAUGAAGGGGCGGAAAUAGUAACCUUGGUCAGGAACUUGCAUACCACUAACACAGAACUCUUUCACCAGCUCUUCGUCCACCAAGCUCCCGAUUCGCCCGAAGCCGUUGCGGAAAUGCUCACGAAGCAAGCUUCCUGCGGCUGCGGGCCGGAGGUCGGGGAGAAGGGUGGGGGCAAUGCCACCGAUGCGGCGAAGACCCACAAAAAUCCUCUCUGCUCCCCGAUUUUGUCGGAGCGCGCCGCGGUGCUGUUCGCGCGGCAGACAGAGCACCGGGAAGAAUUUACGAAGGAGAGGCAAACUAUGCGUUGCAAAUAUGUCGGGGUCUGGAAGCAGGAUGCAAGGUUUGCCAUGCUUGUCUGGCAUGACUGAAGAGUUUGUAAAGCGUGUUCAAGAAGAGAGCCUUUUGCUUGUCAUGCAGAAACGCAGUUUGUCAUGCGGAAAAGGAAAACGCAACUCGCACUCGAAGCCACGCAAAUAUUUUUCAUGCUUGGCUGUCGCUGUGCAUCACAGAGCACUCACUAUUCACAGCUCAGCAUUACAAAUUUCCAGACCAAGACAUAUUUGUAUUUGAUACAAACCGCCCAGGAAAACCAUGAGAAAGAGUUGCAAGAGAUCCAAAACCUCAUCGAGGCAGAAAUUGAGCAGAAGGAGCAGCUGGGCAACGAAAUGAUGGAAAAUACGAAGUUGUUGAAUAACGCCAUCAUUGAGAAGAACGCCGCGGUCAAAGCCUACGACAUGCAACUUUCGGUAGUGACGGGCGAAGUGAACGGGUGUAAAGAAACUUUGAACGAAUUGAAGAACAUCCGCAUGUGCUCUUUGAGGGUGUUACGGAACGCCGUGCAGCACAGCAUCGCUGAAACAGGUACUGCAAUAACUUCCAGUGAAGAUGCUGCCCCGGCGGCGGAUCAACAAACAUCAGGAAAUACUAAUCUAAAACCCGUCGACUGCGAGGUUUCGGAUUGGACCAUUGGCUCGUGUAUGGACUUGAAAACGGGAAACAAGACCAUUUCCUGCGACGAUUCCCUGAAGGGAGGGCUGCAACUUUGGUCCAGAACGGUCACCAAUGAGCCGAACAAAAUCGGGAAACAAUGUCCGCAUUUGGAGCAAAAGGUCAAGUGCGCGGUGAAUAAACCCUGUCCGCAGAACUGUCUCUUUAUCCCACAGAAAAAAGCCGGCAGGUCACAUUUGUAAUGCAAAAAUAAAUACACAAAAAAAACUGCAUUGCAUAUCCGAAACAGCAUGCUAUGGGGCCACCCAUGACAUAUUUUUUUGUGUAUUUGUUUUUGCAUAUACAAAUAUGCCCUUCCAGUUUUUUUCUGUGUGAUACUCUUAUCCGAGUGGACGGAUUGGGCCACCUGCAGCUCCAGCUGCAAGAACCAGGUCGGGACGCAAAGCAGAACCCGCGAAAUGUAUCACGUGCAAUAUAAAAAAUUUAGCGCACGAAUUUCAUGCAUCACAAAUCUAGAGUUUCUACCUAAUUAUCUGGCAUGACAAAUUUCUUUUUUGCUCUUGACAUGAAAAUUUGUGAUGCAAGACGUAGACGUACUACGCUACACAACACUACUUUUGCAAUGCAUAAAGUGCUGCAGGAGCCGAAGCACGAAAACGCGGAACCCUGUCCGACGGGGUUGGUGGAAAGUCGCUCGUGUUCCGGGGAAGAGUCCUGCGACCACGAUUGCGAACUAGAUCUCCAUUGGAGCAGCUGGAGUGGCUGUGUCUUGCCGUGCAACCAACCGAAAGGGAUGACGAUAAAUGGUCAAAACCACAAAAACAACCAAGAAUCUUCCGACGACAGCGAGACGCCGACACUGCCACCGAAUUUCGCCAUCCGCACGAGGGGCGUGAGUAAGCUAGCCACCGGGGAUAUGAACUGCAAAUAUGUCUGGGUCUGGCAGGGUGUAACUGUAAACUUGUCUUGCAGGUUUUCCAUGACCCAUGAGGUCUGGCAUGCAGGACCUUGCAUGACAGAGUCUGUGAGGUCUCUGUCAUGCCUAUCCUGCAUGAGAAACUCCCUCCCAACUUGGUCGAAAGUGGACAGCUUUUGGCAGUCAUGCAACACAAAUUUUUGCAUGAUUCGGCUUUAGCAUAACAAGUUGCAAUCUUCCAGACCCAGACAUUUUUGCUCUCCACAGGGGAGGGAAAGUGCCCGAAAAUUUUUGACCCGCUGCGGUACGAAACGAUGAGCUGCUCUCUCCAUAAAGACGCGACGAUACGAAAGAGCACAACUCCUCCUCCCCCCCAUCUGUGUGGCAUGAACAGCAAUACAAACACCAGCAGACGUGGAGCCUGCGCAUGACCAAUUCAUAUGCCUGGCGUAGUGCUACUUGGGCAUGCAAACAGUGCCACAAGCACAAGGCAGCGCAGCACCUGGAUUUGGGGUUUUGCAUGACAAACGAGGGGGAGCAGAGGGGGUUGCGCACUCUCAUAGACGACCUUGGAUUCCCCGGAGGUUGUGGUUCCCCCAAAGUGUCCGAGCGCCAGUGGAAGUAAAGAACCCGGCGCAGGCGCGGUGCAGUGCACGGGGGCCAUGGAUUUGCUCCUUGCCUUCGAUUUGUCGACGCCUUUGAACGCGGGGCUGGACGGUGCGAAAAGCCCCGAGGCGCUGCGCAAACUGGAGUUGCUGAAGAAUUUCACCCUGGAGCUAGUGCAGACGCGUUUGGGAAUCCCGUUGGAGCAGAAACUGAACCUCACGGCGGACAUCGACGGGCUGAUGGGCGACACUGAUCUCGGGGCGGGAGACAUGUUGUCCUCGUCGGGUGAAGAUAUGAACUUUGGCGAUUCUGGUGACGUGGGUGGGAUGACGGACGGUGGUGGUGGUGGUGGGCCUAUGGGGGACAGCGCUGCAGGAAAAGCCUCGUCUUCCCCACGACCAGCAGCGGCAGCCGGCUCAAGAACAACAACACAGACGGCAGGUGCAGCGACGUUUUCAGCACCCAAAACAUCAUCCUCUGCGCCCUCACUACUCCGGCUCGGUGUUAUCGCGUAUGGCAACGGGGAAAUCAACACGUCCGGGCAGAGCCAAGCGAAGUUGGUGCAGCCCUUUCAGGAGGCGAAACUCGCGCGGUUUAAGGUGGAGGAGUCGGUGAAGAAAUUGAACUUUUUCACGGCCGGCUUCCCCAAUGCCGCGCAGGCGUUUUCUCUUGCGUCAGCGGAAUUUGAGCGGAUUGCGGAAGAACAGGCGGUAUCAAAUGCAAAUAUGUCUGGGUCUGGAAACUUCAACUUGGAAUGCUGUGCUGUGAACAGCAAUAGUGAAGGCUCUGCAAUGCAAUGCCAAGCAUAAGAAAUAUUUGCGCGGCUUGGUGUUGCGCUUUCCGCAUGGCAAGCAAAAGGGUCUGCUCUUCUUGGACACGCAUCGCAAAAAUUUCAGUCAUGCCAGCCAAGCAUGACACACUUGCAUUCUUCCAGACCCAGACAUAUUUGCAUUUGACAGGCGGAGAGGGAGGAGCAAGAAGGUGCAGAAGAUGCUGCUGCAUCCACCGGUGGAAAUACUGGCACGACAGGAGCAACAAGUUUUGCUGAGCGUAAAACUGGAAGUACAACUGCUAGAGCAGCUGCAUUGUUUUCUUCAACAAUUUCCUCUUCAAGUAAAAGAAGGAGUGCUGCUGCUCACCUUUCUGUUCCCGGAAACAACGGCCCGCUUGCUUCGACGUCCCCACCGCCGUAUCCUGUGGAAAAGUAUCGUACUCGUAUAAAUGCAUUACAAAUUGACUUAGCAUUACAAAGUGAAUUUGUCAUGCGGAUUUGCCUUUAAGAAGAACAAGAAGAUUUGUAAUGUAUAAACGCAAUUAGUACGAGUACGAUACUUUUGCAGUUGAUACGUCGCCCCGGCAGAAAAUCCUGCUUCUCUUCACGGACGGGAAAACCCCCGCGAUUUUUCGGAAGCAGAGCGUCGUGUUGGCGAAAAAGCUGAAGAGGGAGCAAAACGUGCGGAUUUUCGUGGUCGCUGUAACCGACGGAGAAUUGUGUUCGGGCGAUGAGCACCUGUUGAAAAACCAGUGGGCCUCUUUUCCGAAGGAGAUGAACUAUUUGCAAAUUGCCGGGGGGUUCGACAAACUGAUGAUAUCCGGCAGCGCGGCUAGCAGUGGGCAGACGGAAGAAGAGCAGAAAGAAUCUGCAGCGGUCGACGAGAUGGUGACUGACCAGGCCGCGGACGCAUCCGAUGCGGAAGCUUCGGGAGGAGCUACUGCAGGAGGGGGUGAUGAUGAAGCAACACAAAGCGACAGCACUUCCGAUUCCAGUAGCACUAGCGAAGCCGAAGCAGCGGAGGUCGCGGGGAGCCCAGAAGACAUGAUGAAAGAGGAACAGCCCGCUGGUAGCGGCGCUGCUGCAGCUACUAGUGGUUCUGCAACGCAGGGGACGGGUGCGGCGCAAGGACCACAGGAAGUGGCCGAAGAGGACGAGGAGCUAUCAUGUGCAAAAGUAUCGCACUCGUAUUGCAAUACUGCAUUACAAAUCUCGUAGUCUUAAGCUACAUCCGCAUGACAAAUUUCAUUUUUCAUGCUGAGGAAAUUUGUAAUGCAUUCAUACGAGUACGAUACUUUAUUUGCAAUGUAUAGGAGCCGCGUGCCACAAACAAGUGGCUACAAGAAUUGACCAUGAAGCUGUGCACGAACGGGCGGAAGUUUUUUGUGCCCGAAGCGGCCAUGCAAGACAACGCUUCGGCCGGUGGUGGUGCGGUGGCCCUGCCAGAGCCCGCAGCGGAAGACGAGGAGGAGGGCGGUGAAGUGGAAGACCCCGCUAUCAAAAUGAAAAUAUAUCCCCUCGUUCCCAUAUUGAAACGAAAAUUUCUGUUGCAGGAUUUGUGUACACAAAUCACGCAGCUCAGUGAGGCACUGUAGGCAGAGCCCAAGCCUGCGUAGGGGUGUUUUUUUUUUGUUGUAGGUGCUUGGCAUAGCAGAGGCCUGCCAUUUAGCCGCAAGAAUAGCAUUACAAACCGCCUGCAUAAUGCGGCGGAUUCUUUGCUGGAUUUGCCCUCUGCUUGCAAGAGACGAGACAGAAUUAUUUGUGGUCACAAAUCAGCAACGCAAAUUUUGAGAAGCAUGAUGCCUUUUCAGUACUUUCUAUUGGGAUGGGGGAUUUUUCCUCACAAUACGCACUGUAGCGAAAAAGCGACAGGAAGACUACGAGCUGCUCUUGAAAACGGAGAAAUCUUAUCAAAUGCAAAUAUGUCUGGGUCUGGGUCUGGGAGGUUGCGAGAUUUGUCAUGCUAAUCUGGCAUGACUCUGAACUCUGUUUUGCGUCUCCGCGAAGACGAGCUCCUCCCCCGUGUCAUGCAAAAACGCAGCUUCUCGUGCGGAAUACGCAAGAACUCAGAAACAUGAAAAAAACUUGUCAUGCUUGGCAGCGCAUUGCAGUGAGCUCACUUUUCCCUUUCUCGCAUCACAAGUUUCCAGACCCAGACAUAUUUGCAAUGCAUAAAUCUUCGCAGCAAACCAUGCAGAGAUUGGGUGAAGUACGACCACCGAAAAUUCUCGAACUCGGCUGUCUCGCUAUCAGAAUUUUACUUUACUUAUGUAAUGAGCGCAUAUUUUCACUAUUAAGUGCAGACUGUUUUUGCAUAACUUAAACUUACACUUCCGGCUCCGAGGCGCCUUCUUCAUGUUCAUCGUCUCCCAUGCCCAGAGCUCAUGUGCACACGACCCAAGCACCAGGACUUCCGGAUGAUGGAAGUAGUAGACGGAAUCAAGAUAGUGUGAUAGUAGAGCCGAAAAUUUUGUUACCCUUUCAUACGCGCUGUGGCAGCAGGCUGCAGCAGAGGACGAGGAGGAGUGAUAUUACUCCAGUAACGGGCCCCCAAAACAGGAGCAGAAGAAACUUGAAAACAACCUUAAAAAAACUUGAGCAUUUUUGAUUUAUAGCAACUUAAAAAGCAAAAACCAAGAGGGGCGGCCGGAGGAGAAAAAAAACGCACGGAACGGACGCGAUUUCCGGUUUCUGGAAAUCGCAAUCGCGCCGGCGAUUUUGAAAAACUAAGCGAGGUGAACGGCUGGCGCAGAUUCAAAAUCAAAGGACCCGAACGGGAGGAAUUUUUUUCAUUUUAUGGCGCGCCAAAAUCCAAAUCUGUGUUGCAGGAAUAGCCAUCCAUAAUUUUCGCGCGAAGGCGCGCCGCUUUCAAAAGUUUACGAGUGCGACUCGGGGCAGAUAUUUUCCGCAGACAUGGGGCAGCAUUUCGCACGAACUUGACGGCCGCGGGGCGCGGUUCUUCUUCAUUUAGGUGGGGGCCGCCUCGAUGCAUUCACUGCGCCGCGUGCGGGGGUGUUCAAAGUCCCUGCCUCGCACGGGCGCCGGCUGCCGGGGUGCCCGAGCUUGGCGGGCGGCGGGGUUCUGGCUCUUGCGAGGCCUUUUUGUAGUGCCGAAGCCGCCCCACUCGGAAGGCUUGCCGGAACAAAGGGCGGGCGCAGCGGGCCGUCCUUCCCGGGCCCCCCCGGAGGCCCUUUCAUAAUACACAAAGCCCCGCGGCCAGCGGGACUCUGCGCAAGCAGCUUCUGGCCCCCUAGGCUUGUACGCAUAGGGGCGCCCACGCGCGUGGGCAGGCGGCCUCUUUGUUCCCCGCACCGUGUUUGCGCGGGUGCGAUCCGGCCCGGAAAAUGAAGAAAAUCAAAAGCGCCACACCAUCGGCCGGAGGGUGUGAUACUUUUUGCCGCGGUGCUGUCAUGCAUGCAAAAAAACACGCAAAACCCGCGUCGACCAUGCCAUUGGCUCUGGGGUGUGAUACUUUUUGGCAGGAUGAGUUCACGGAGGCCGAAAAUGAUGAAAGCGACGCCGGCCAUACCGUGGGCUCUAGGUUGUGAUACUUUUUGCCAGGGUGCUACGGCGUUCAAACUUGCAACCCGGCGGAAGUGUUGGCGAAAAUGCGUCACCUCCGCCGAAGCAUCUCGGCAGCAGGCGAGGAUCAUUCCGCAGCAGGCUGCAGCAGAGGACGAGGAGGAGUGAUAGGAAGACGAAAGAGCUCCUCCUGCACCAAUAGAAGGAAUAGCUUCUGAACAAGAUGCGGAGUUCUUUGAACGAGGAGAGUGGAAAUAAAAUCUGUUUUGCACAGUCAGCAAAAACUGCGUCUUUCUCUACCAGACGAGACUUCGACUUGUCCCUUUGCUUUCUAUUUUUUCCAACAUGUUGUGCUUGCACGACGUGCUAGGGGUCGUGGCACAGCUAUGCAAUGAACGAAAUUCUCUAGAUUUCGAUGAAUCUCG